GCCUUUUAGAAAUGUUGUAACCGAGAGCUGAACAUAAUCUGUACGCUGGUCGUGUGCUCCUGAGUAUCAUGUCGUUGGUGGAGUAAAUCUAGUGUGAUCGUAGCGUGCUGUUUGCAGAUCGAUCCGAGUGUUAAGAUUUUAGAAAAGUAAUUCGCUCACCAGGCAGAAAAGCACAAAUUAAGACAGCACACAAAAAUCGCAGAUGCGAGAAGUAGUCCGGUUUCUAGUACAAUCAAGAUGGACCGCCUUCUCUCGCUUUCCACAAACGAGCCCACGACAAUUGGUGCCUUGAGUUCAUCUGCCGCCAUAGCAGCAUGUGGGGUAACGGUCGUAGCUAGCAGUUUGCUAUCGCACCGCGACGGCGAUGAAACUACUCCGAAGGAUGGGCAGCACAGAAGCAGCGUGGAAGGGGAGCAGCAGGUGCAACGGGAUGAAGCGGGCCAAAUUCUAAGCUCGGACCACGAAGAUGCAGCGCUAGUACAGCAGGAAGAUCAAGAUAUUACUAACGACAGGAGCAGCAAGGAUGUAGUUCUUUCUUCAGCAAGGAUAGAAGAUCCCGAAGCUGCUGCGAAGAGCCGAGAGUUGCGAAGCUCCUCUGACCAGACGCACGACGAUAAAAUGCCAGCAAGGGCGGGAAUCCUCGAAACUAGUAUGCAAGCCGAAAAGAGGGGCGAGGACGACGCAACAACUGGCGAAGCGAGUUCUUUUGCGCCGAAUACUAUUAAAUCGUGCAGUAGAACAGGAAGACCUGAGGAGCUGCGGCUCAUGGACGAAGUUAGGAGUCUCGUUGGGGAGAAAAAUUGCAGCCCGCAGGAAAAUAUUGCCUCAUUGUCGACCACCGCGUCCUCGCCGGGUGCGAGCCCGGUGUUGAACAAGGACAUCGACUCCACGGCCCCACCAAUCACGGAGGAUGAGAAAGAUCACCGGGAAAAAUCAGCAGUCGAUGUGUGUAGUUCCAAGCUACCGGCGUCGUCAUCUUCUGCAGUUUGUGCGAACAAGUCACCCGAGGUCGUACCGGAGGACCCGGCCAUGGUUCUGGAGCAGUGCCUACGUGCGGAAGAACGGCUUUGGGCUGCGGGCCUCCACACGCGUGACCGAAAAACCAAAGAGACGCUCAGUGUCGCCGACGCGGACGUGGAACGGUUUCUGCCGAAGGGAUACUUCUCGUACUGUGAACGAAAAUUCCAACAGUUCCGGAAGUACGUCAAACCCGUCGUGCGCACCAUGGUGGACCAAGCGGAGUGGAAGACGCCGCCGUCUCAUCGCUCAGCGAUUGAGCGGGCGGAGAUUUCCCACGGUUGCUGGAUUAAGAACGCGUGCUGCCUUAUGCAGGCGCCGGAGGAUCACGCGCUCUUCAUAGCAGAGGAAAAAGGCUGCAGCCUCCUGCACAACACCAUCGCGAAACUGCACACCCUCGGCAGACCAGCAGUUCUAUUCGAGAACCCGACGCCAAUUUUCAAGGUAUGUAUAGAGAUUUUUUUACAUGCUCAUGCUUGUUUGCAACGUUGUAGAAUUUGAAUUCAGCAUCUAUGAUGAUUUUGCAGUUGCUGGAUUGUGGUCGUAUUGUGUAGUUUUAAUUGUGCCAAAACCAAAGUUGUUCAAAUUCAGCUUUUCUUUGACGUUUGCGUGGAGCUACGGUCGCCUCUGGAUGAGCCUGUGGACACGGCGACAGCGGAGGCAGAGCGCGUUCAGCGGAAUGCUUUGUACAAAAAGUUUUUGGAAGCUGGCGUGUACAGUGGCGACGAUGUUGCCGGUCCGGUUGCGGGCGCGAUCUUCCAGUGGGUCUCCAAUUCCUUCCCGCCGGAAACCAACACGAAGAUGUACGUGGCGACGGGCUACACCAGUGCGGAAAUGCUUCAGAAGACCGGCUGCCACCGCGUGGUGGUGCGCUACAUGUUCCCGAACAUUCUGGUCGACUUUAUGUUGGCGAAAAUCCUGCGGUUCGACAUCGUGAACGUGUUGGAGCGCGACGUGGACUGUGCGGCCUUGCGGUUGGACCUCGAGCAAAACGUCUUCGCAAACGACCACGCUGUUGUUACCAUGGGCCGCGAGAUCAGGAGGCACGUAAACAAAAUCGUCGCGCCAGAACAGAUUUACCAGCCAAAAUUCACCGCCGCCCGCAGCUUUGAGGUAGUACUUAGUUAAGUGCUUGCUUUUUGGAUCUCGUAGCGUAGGACAUUUUUUCUUUAUGAAUUUGAAUUAAGGGGGACGUCUUUUGUCAGUGUCGCUUAGGAAUUUGUAUGCGGCGAUAAUUUUUUCCACAUUCCGAAUUUGAAUUUCUGAAUUCCACUAGACCGCCGGGCAGUGGAACACGGUCAUUCGUGUUCCGAUGUGCCACGCGGCAGAGACGGACGAGCGACUGAGUGGCGAAGUUCUGCGAUGGCGCGGCAUCGUCGACGAAGUCGGGAACAGAUACCGCUGGCGCGACGUUGACCUGGACGCGAAGCCAGACAAGCUACCCGAGGAGGUGCGCAAGCUGUCCGUGCGCGAGAACGAGUGGCGUACCAAAACCGUCACGCAGCCCCUUCCCCGAGUAGAGCAAAGGCUGAACGGCGUCGAGCAGCGGCGGCGAACCUUCAAGGGUUCCUGAUAAAAUAAGUACACACGUCUGGCGACAAUUCAUCCUGGGCGGAGGCUUAUUCAACAACCUCCUGCGAGCCGGCAGCUUUCCACACGUAGUUGUAACGAGGACAAAGACAUAGCCUGCAGUAAUAUAGUUUGCAGCAAGAAGUUUGCGGUGAGAAAACGAUGACGAUCCCCAUGUAUUAAAGAUUUCGAGGAGGAUAUGCCUCUUUCCAAGAAAAGACGGACUCCUGCUUCCAUGGUUUCAACGGCAGAGUUUUGAACCGCGCUCGAUUUUUGCAGGGUUUAGGUGAAGUGGUUUGUUUUUCCAACCUAGGGUUUCAAAAAAGUUCUUGCACCACGAAAAACGGUAUUUGUUUGCCCAUUCGCUAAAAAAGACAAAAUCAGCGACUACAUGGGCACGACUCCUCUCACACGACGUCGACGCAUUCGCAU